GGAGCGAUGGACACACGGAUAGCACUCCAGUUCUCUGGGAAGGCUGCUGAGGCCUCUCUCUGCAGCAUCCUCCUAUCCAUCUUUUCCGUUGCUAAAAUGAGGGUUCUAGUGUCGUUCCCCAGCCUUCUCAGUAUCCCUGGGCCUCCCCUCCUCUGCUCCUGGAUAACUUGUUUGGUGGUAUGGUAAGUAGAGUCUGUUCAGAACCUGGCACGAAGUUGAGAUUUCCUGGCUUCAUCCUGGGGAUCUAAGCAGUUAGAAACUUGAGUUCGGUGGUGUGGUGAGGGGAGGGUUGCACAGAAAUGUUGAAAUAUAUUUAAGUUGCCUUUCUUUAAAUACCAGGGCACUCCUGAACCAGUCUCCAUUUGUGGCUUUGUCCUUGGCUUUGAGGUUAUCAAUACUCUGCCCUUCCCUGCACGGGGGUUUGGAAAGAGAACACAACUCAGCUACUUAAAUAGAUUUGUUUUCACUCUCUGCAAAAGCCAGGAAACAGUGGUGACCAGGUGGCCGGCUGCUGAGUGCCUCUGUCCCAUAGCACACCCAGAGCUUCAGCAGAGAAGGUAGCCUCAUGGCUGCAACCUGUGAGAUUAGCAACGUUUUUAGCAACUACUUCAGUGCCAUGUACAGCUCAGAGGACCCCACCCUGGUGUCUGCUCCCCCUGCGGCCAACUUCGGGGCUGAUGACGUGGUGCUGACCCUCAGUAACACACAGAUGCCUCUGCAGGGCACAGAGAAAGCCAGCUGGUCGGGGGAGCAGCCCCAGUUCUGGUCGAAGGCCCAGGUUCUGGACUGGAUCAGCUACCAAGUGGAAAAGAACAAGUACGAUGCUAGCUCCAUUGACUUCUCGCGGUGCGACAUGGAUGGGGCCACGCUCUGCAAUUGUGCCCUCGAGGAGCUGCGCCUGGUGUUUGGGCCUCUGGGGGACCAGCUCCAUGCCCAGCUGCAGGACCUCAGUGAGUCCAGGCUCCUGGUCAGGGGCGGAUUAACCAGCAAGCAAGCUGCCAGCUCUUCUGAUGAACUCAGCUGGAUUAUCGAACCCCUGGAGAAGGAUGGCAUGUCUGACGAACUCAGCUGGAUCAUUGAACUCCUGGAGAAGGAUGGCAUGGCCUUCCAGGAGACCCUAGGAGACAUGGGCCCCUUAGACCAGGCAAGCCCCUUCGUCCAGGAGCUGCUGGAGGACUGCCCAUACUACCCCAGCAGCUACGGGGCCGGAGCCCCCUCCCCUGGCAGCUCGGAUGUCUCCACUGCAGGCACUGGCACGCCCCAGAGCUCACACUCCUCAGACUCCGGUGGAAGCGACGUGGACCUGGAUCCCACGGACAGCAGCAAGCUCUUCCCUACUGAUGGCUUUCCAGACUAUAAGAAGGGGGACCCCAAGCACGGGAAGCGGAAGCGGGGCCGGCCACGAAAGCUGAGCAAAGAGUCCCGGGAGUGUUUGGAGGGCAAGAAGAGCAAGCACGCCCCCAGAGGCACCCACCUGUGGGAGUUUAUCCGGGACAUCCUCAUCCACCCGGAGCUCAACGAGGGCCUCAUGAAGUGGGAGAACCGGCACGAGGGCGUCUUCAAGUUCCUGCGCUCUGAGGCCGUGGCCCAGCUGUGGGGCCAAAAGAAAAAGAACAGCAGCAUGACCUACGAGAAGCUGAGCCGGGCCAUGAGGUACUACUAUAAACGGGAGAUCCUGGAACGGGUGGACGGCCGGCGGCUCGUCUACAAGUUUGGCAAAAACUCCAGCGGCUGGAAGGAGGAAGAAGUUGCUGGGAGUCGGAACUGAGGGUCUGAAUU